AUGGCAACACCGUGGAGGUCUCUGAGGAUUUCGGUCAACAAAGUAUUCAAAUCAAGUCCUUAUAAACCAUCAAAUGUGCCGAGGCAAACUUUACCGGCUGCGGAAGUCGUUGAAGAAGAGUGCACUCCACAUUAUGAGCCAAACCACUUUUAUCCUGCUCGCCUCUACGAGAUUCUCAACAACAGGUACCAAAUAACUGCCAAGCUUGGCUGGGGAGCCAGGUCAACAGUAUGGCUGGCUCGUGAUUUGAAUCAAUGGCGCUGGUGCCCAGCACGCUACGUUGCAGUCAAAAUCAAGGCGAAUAAUCAUUCAACAAAGAAAGACGCUGAAAGAGAACUUCGAAUUACUGAAAACAUUACGCGCGCAAAUCCACGACAUGUAGGCCGGAACUUUGUCAGCACGUUGCUCGAUUCCUUUAAUUUACCAAGUCCUCAUGGUACCCACCCUCUAUGGAUGCUUAGACGGCGGUUUCAAGGGGAUGUGCUUCCAUUGGACGCUCUCAGGCCUGUUGCCAAAUUGAUUCUGGAAGGGCUUGGCUAUCUCCACUCUGGAUGUCAGGUCGUUCAUACAGACUUGGAAUCCGACAAUGUUCUCAUGGCUCUCCGUGGCCACUCCAUACUUGAUAGAAAACAGCUCGAAGACCGAACAAUAUACCUUUCGAGAAAUCACUUCGGCGUGGAAGCAAACAGCUUGGGCAGACCAGUGAUCACUGAUUUCGGACUGGCUGUGGAAGGGUCUCAGACUCAUUACCAUCUCAUUCUACCAGAUAGUUUCAGGGCCCCAGAGGUUAUUCUUGGAGCAGCCCAUGGCAGUGGUCCUUUUGAUGGACCAGACUCUAAUCACUCUACCUUCACGGAAGAAGCUCAUCUGGCUCGCAUUAUAUCGGUACUUGGACCUCCACCUGUGGAUGUGCUUCAUGAGGCGAAGUAUUCUUCUCGAUAUAUUGAUACUGAAGGUAGUCACUCUUCUCGGCUAGCAAUGUUGGAGCUUUACUGA